AUGGCGGACACGGAUCUGUUUAUGGAAUGUGAGGAGGAAGAAUUGGAGCCGUGGCAGAAGAUUAGUGACGUGAUCGAGGACUCGGUGGUUGAAGAUUAUAAUUCAGUUGACAAAACCGCUACGGUUUCAGUGAGCGUGCAGCCUGUCGCCACUCCCAUGCCUAUCAUGGCCCACGCGUCCAUCGGUGGCAACCUCUCCACGCCCACACCUGUCAGCAGCGGCGGGCCAGUCAACAGCGAUGGGACGAAGAAGACGCUGGUCACGCUCUUCGCAAACAACAGCGCUGGCACUCCUCUGGUUCAGCAAGGUGGGCAGCCGCUAAUCCUCACGCAGAAUCCCACCUCCGGCCUCAGCACGGUGGUGACCCAGCCGGUCCUCCGGCCCGUACAGGUCAUGCAGAAUGCCAACCACGUCACCAACGCCCCCGUGACAAGUCAGCCAAUCUUCAUCACAACCCAGGGUUUCCCCGUGCGGAAUGUCCGGCCUGUGCAGAACACCAUGAAUCAGGUGGGGAUUGUCCUGAACGUUCAGCAGGGCCAGACGGUGAGGCCCAUUACUCUCGUCCCAGCCCCAGGUACCCAGUUUGUGAAACCCGCCGUCGGCGUCCCUCAAGUCUUCUCCCAAAUGGCCCAGGUGAGACCAGGACCGACCAUGCCGGUCCGGCCAUCAUCCAACACUUUCACGACGGUCAUCCCCGCCACCCUCACCAUCCGGAGCACGGUACCGCAGUCCCAGGCGCAGCCGCAAAGUAAGUCCACUCCCAGCACCUCCGCCACUGCCUCCUCAACGCAGCCAGCAGCACUGGGACAGUUAACUGUACAGCAGCCAGGGCAGCCCUCUCAAGCUACUAACCCCAAAUUAGUGAGCAUUGCCAGCUUCGUGACGGUGAAAAGGCCCGGGGUGACGGGUGAGAACAACAACGAGGUGGCAAAGCUGGUGAACACGCUGAACACCAUCCCUUCACUUGGCCAAAGCUCAGGGCCCACCGUGGUCUCCAACAACAGCCCUGCCCAUGGCUCCCAGAGAGUGGGCGUGUCCGAUUCCUCAUCCCUGAAAGUCAGUUCUUCGCCGAUCCCCGCCUUCGACUUGCAGGACAGCGGAAAGAAAGUCUGUCCGAGGUGCACCGCCCAGUUUAGAGUCACUGAAGCUUUAAGAGGCCACAUGUGCUACUGCUGCCCUGAAAUGGUGGAAUUCCUCAAGAAAGUGAAGCCCUCAGAGCCUGAACCAAAUAUCCAAUCCCCCAAGCCCUCCUCCCCGGAGAAGAACGCCGCCAUUGCCUCGCCCCCGUCCUCCACCCCCAUCCCUGCGCUCUCGCCGCCGGCCAGAGUCUCCGAGCAAAGCGAUGGCACAGGCGAAGUGUCGCAGAGUAAGCUGAUCAUGCUGGUGGACGACUUCUACUACGGCCGGGACAGCGGCAAAGUGAGCCAGCUGCUGAAUUUCCCCAAGGUGCCGACGUCCUUCCGGUGUCCGCACUGUACCAAGAGGCUCAAGAAUAACAUACGGUUUAUGAACCACAUGAAGCACCACGUCGAACUGGAUCAGCAGAACGGGGAAGUGGACGUCCACACCAUCUGCCAGCACUGUUACCGGCAGUUCAACACUCCCUUCCAUCUGCAGUGCCACUUGGAAAAUGUGCACAGCCCUUACGAGUCGACCACCAAAUGCAAGAUCUGCGAGUGGGCGUUUGAGAGCGAGCCCAUGUUCCUGCAGCACAUGAAGGACACCCACAAGCCAGGGGAAAUGCCCUAUGUCUGCCAGGUCUGCCAGUACCGGUCCUCCCUUUACUCCGAGGUGGACAGCCACUUCCGAAUGGUCCACGAGGACACGCGGCAUCUCCUCUGCCCUUAUUGCCUCAAGGUCUUCAAGAACGGCAACGCGUUCCAGCAGCACUUCAUGAGGCAUCAGAAGAAGAGCGUCUACCACUGCAACAAAUGCCGGCUCCAGUUCCUCUUUGCCAAGGAUAAAAUCGAGCACAAGCUGCAGCACCACAAAACUUUCCGCAAGCCCAAGCAGUUGGAGGGGCUGAAGCCAGGCACCAAGGUGACCAUUCGGGCAUCCAGAGGUCAGCCCCGGACAGUGCCCCUCUCGUCCAAUGACGUGCCCUCAGGCCUCAUGCCAGACACCGGCUUGAUGUCGGCUUCUUCGGACCCUCAGCCCAACUUCCCGUACCCGCCGUUCCAGAGGAACAUCCAGAAGAAAGCCGUCAGGAAAAUGAGUGUCCUCGGCAGACAGACGUGCCUGGAAUGCAGCUUCGAAAUCCCAGAUUUCCCCAACCACUUCCCCACCUACGUCCACUGCUCCCUGUGCCGCUACAGUACCUGCUGCUCACGCGCCUACGCCAACCACAUGAUCAACAACCACGUUCCUCGCAAGAGUCCGAAGUAUUUGGCCUUGUUCAAAAACUACACCGUCUGUGGGGUGCGGCUGGCCUGCUCUGCCUGCCUCUUCGCGACAUCCGAAGGCGAUGCGAUGGCCAAGCACCUGGUCUUCAACCCCUCUCACGAAUUCAGCAACGUUGUGCUCCGAGGUAAGGGCUGGAGGGGGCCGCUGUCGCCUGCCUGGCUCUUCCUGCAGCAUCUUCUCCCGGCCCAGCCUUUCGAUGGAGGCGUGAAGGCGCCAGCUCCUACUUACUCCCCAAGCGAAGUUGCGACCGUGAACACGCCAUCUCCUUCGCCGGAGGAAGAGAAGAACGAGGCAGCAUCCAAGGAGGGGCCCGAGGUCGUCCAGGAGCCGCCGCCCGCCCCCGAGGAAGAGUGCUUAAAUGUGGAAGAAGACCAAGGGGAGGAGCAGCCCGCGAAGGAGACGCCUGAACCUGUCAGCAAGAAGGAGCAGCUUUCCUUGAAAAAACUCCGGGUGGUCCUCUUCGCUCUGUGCUGCAACACAGAGCAGGCGGCCGAACACUUCAAGAACCCCCCAAGGCGGAUCCGGCGCUGGCUGAGGAGGUUCCAGGCCUUCCAGGAGGAAAACGUGGCCUCCUUGUCCGAGGGCAAGUACCUGAGCUUGGAGGCCGAGGAGAAGCUGGCGGAGUGGGUCUUGAUGCAGCGCGAGCAGCAGCUGCCCGUCAACGAGGAGACCCUCUUCCAGAAGGCCACCAAGAUUGGGCGGUCCCUGGAGGGGGGCUUCAAGAUCUCCUACGAGUGGGCAGUGCGCUUCAUGCUCCGGCACAACCUCAGCACCCACAACCGCCGGGCCGUCGCCCACCCCCUCCCCAAAGACGUGGAGGAGAGCGCCAGCUGCUUCAUCGAGUUCGUGCAGCGGCAGAUCCACACCCAGGACCUGCCACUCUCCCUGAUUGCGGCCAUCGACGAGAUCUCCCUCUUCCUGGACGUGGAGGUGCUCUCCAGCGACGACCGAAAGGAGAACGCCCUGCAGACGGUGGGGACGGGCGAGCCCUGGUGCGACAUCAUCCUGGCCAUCCUGGCCGACGGGAGCGUCCUGCCCACCCUCGUCUUCUACCGGGGCCGCAUGGAGCAGGCCGCCAACGUGCCCGAGACCAUCUUCCUCGAGGCGAAGGAGAGCGGGUACCACGACGACGAGAUCAUGGAGGUGUGGUCCUCCAAAGUGUGGCGGAAGCACAUCGAGGGCCAGAACGGCAAAGGCAUGCUGGUCCUGGACUGCCACCGGACGCACCUGUCGGAAGAAGUCCUCUCCAUGCUGAGCUCCUCUGGCACACUGCCGGCCGUUGUCCCGGCUGGCUGCAACUCCAAAAUCCAGCCUUUGGACGUUUGCAUCAAAAGGACCGUGAAAAAUUUCUUGCACAAAAAAUGGAAGGAGCAGGCCAAGGAGAUGGCGGACGCCACCUGCGACUCGGACAUCCUCCUCCAGCUGGUCUUGUGCUGGCUGGCUGAGGCCCUCGAGGUGAUCGGCGACUGCCCUGAGCUCGUGCAGCAGUCUUUCCUGGUGGCCAGCGUCCUGCCCGGCCCUGACGGCACGGCCAACACGCCCACCCGCAACGCCGACAUGCAGGAGGAGCUGAUUGCCUCGCUUGAGGAGCAGCUGAAGCUCGGCCAGGAGCCCCGCGACGAGGCUGACCUGGAGGACGGGGCCCCCCACGAGGACCCCGCCAACCCCGAGAUCCUCCACCAGCUCUUUGAAGGGGAGAGCGAGACGGAAUCCUUCUACGGCUUUGAGGACGCGGACUUGGAGCUGAUGGAGAUCUGAAGAGCCCGGCCGAUCCGGAGG